CAAAGAUUCUCCCAUUGCGCAUGGGAUGGCCGCUCUCUUCUCGUUUCCUUCCUAGCCAGUCAACUCCUCCCUGCCGGUAGUAGCCCAUCUUGUUGGGCACUCGCGAUUCCACCAUGUCGUCCCCAAGCCCCCGCCUCCCUAAAAUCACCAUCAUCCACCCGGACCUCGGCAUUGGCGGCGCCGAACGUCUGAUCAUCGACGUGGCCCUUGCCCUCCAGAACCGCGGCCACCGCGUCACGGUCUACACCUCGCACCGCGACAAGUCGCACUGCUUCGAGGAGGCCCGCGACGGGACCCUCGACGUGCGCGUCCGCGGCAACACGAUCUUCCCCGCGCACCUCGGCGGCCGGUUCCACGUCCUCAUGGCCAUUGCGCGCCAGGUGCACUUGACUUUGUCAUUGCUGGGGGAGGCUCUAGACGACGAUGAUAAGGCCGGGCAGGAAGAGGAGGAGAUCUUUAUCGUCGAUCAAGUCCCCGCCUGCGUUCCGAUCCUGAAGACUUGGGGUGCGAGCAGAAGCACUAACAAGAGCAGCAGCAAGCAACGCAUUCUCUUCUACUGCCAUUUCCCGGAUCAGCUGCUCGCCUGGAGAGAUGAGAGUAGUGGGGGACUGUUGCGGGUGAUGAAGACGCUGUAUCGGGCGCCGUUCGAUUGGUUCGAGGGAUGGGCGAUGAGUGCGGCGGAUAAGGUCGUGGCCAAUUCGCGGUUUACGAGGGGGGUCAUCACGGGGGUCUUUGGGGCGGAGACGCUCGGGGAGUUGAGCGUGGUUUAUCCUUGUGUGGAUACUGCGGUUACCGGGGAGAAGAAGACGGAAGAGAAAUUGUGGGGUGGGAAGAAGAUCUUGCUGAGUGUGAAUCGGUUUGAGAGGAAGAAGGAUAUGGCGCUGGCGAUUCGGGCGUAUUUUGGGCUUGGCGCGGAGAAGAGGCUGGGGACGCGGUUGGUUAUUGCUGGAGGUUACGAUAACCGCGUCCAGGAGAAUGUGCAGUACCACAAGGAGUUGGAUCAGCUGGCGACGAGUCUGGGAUUACAGACUGCAACGGCGAAGACGGUCGUCUCGGCGCUCUCCGUUCCAGACUCGAUCGACGUGCUCUUCUUGCUCUCGGUGCCCACGGCCUUCCGCGAUACUCUCCUGCUGCAGUCCAGGCUGCUCCUCUACACGCCCGUCAACGAGCAUUUCGGCAUCGUGCCGGUCGAGGCCAUGCGCGCGGGGAUCCCCGUCCUCGCGUCGAAUACUGGUGGGCCUCGCGAGACGAUCGUCGAGGGUGAGACGGGCUGGCUUCGGGAUGCGAAGAACGACGCCGAGUGGACGGCGGUCAUGGAUAAGGUGCUCUACGAGAUGGAUCAGACGGAGUUGGAUCGCAUGUCGGCUGUGGCCAAGAAACGGGUCGAGAGCGAGUUCUCGCUUACUGCGAUGGGCGAGAAGUUGGACGAAGAGAUCGGCCAGAUGCUCCGCAAGGAAAGGCCGCCAUUCAGUGGGUUCCAGCAGGUCCUGGUGGUUCUGGCUCUCCUGGUCGCUGUCUUUGCCGUCUUGGUUACCGUGCUUCUCAGGUUGCAUUGAUUUGUUUCUGCUAAUCUAAUACCCUUUUUGCAAUGUACAGUUUAUUAGAAUUUGAUUGCUCAUUUGUUAC